GAGCGAGGCGGAGGAGGAGGAGGGAAAGCAAGCGAAGGAGAAAGAGGAAGAGAAGGAGGAGGAGGAAGAGGAGCGGGAGUGGCCGCGAGGCGCCGAGCGAGCGGAACGAGCCCCGGGCCUCGCUGAUCGGCGGCGGAGCGCCCUGCCCGCGGUCCCAACAUGGACGAAGAGGGCGGCGGAGGCGGCGGCGUGCCUGACGACCUCUCUAUAGAAGAAAGAGAAGAGCUUUUAAAUAUUCGUCGCAGGAAAAAAGAACUGAUUGAUGAUAUCGAGAGAUUAAAAUUUGAAAUUGCUGAGGUUAUGACUGAAAUCGAUAAUCUGACAAGUGUAGAAGAAAGCAAAACUACACAAAGGAAUAAGCAAAUAGCCAUGGGGAGGAAGAAAUUCAACAUGGACCCUAAGAAGGGAAUACAGUUCCUGAUAGAAAAUGACCUCCUGCAGAACACUGCAGAAGACAUUGCACAGUUCCUUUAUAAAGGAGAAGGAUUAAAUAAAACGGUAAUUGGAGAUUACCUCGGUGAAAGAGAUGAAUUUAAUAUUAAAGUUCUUCAGGCUUUUGUUGAACUCCAUGAGUUCGCUGAUCUCAAUCUUGUACAAGCCUUAAGGCAGUUUCUGUGGAGCUUCAGACUCCCAGGAGAGGCUCAAAAAAUUGAUCGUAUGAUGGAAGCUUUUGCUUCACGUUAUUGCCUUUGUAACCCAGGAGUCUUCCAGUCUACAGAUACGUGCUACGUGCUCUCCUUUGCCAUCAUCAUGCUGAACACCAGCCUGCACAACCACAACGUGCGGGACAAGCCGACCGUGGAGAGGUUCAUCUCCAUGAACCGCGGGAUCAACGAGGGCGGAGACCUCCCCGAGGAACUGCUGCGGAAUUUGUACGAAAGUAUUAAGAAUGAGCCGUUUAAAAUUCCAGAGGAUGAUGGAAAUGACCUAACACAUACUUUUUUUAAUCCAGAUAGAGAAGGUUGGCUGCUGAAAUUAGGGGGAAGAGUAAAAACAUGGAAACGGAGAUGGUUUAUUCUGACUGAUAAUUGCCUGUAUUACUUUGAGUACACAACAGACAAAGAACCUAGAGGAAUUAUUCCAUUAGAAAAUCUUAGCAUAAGAGAAGUUGAAGACCCUAGAAAACCAAACUGCUUUGAGCUCUAUAACCCCAGUCACAAAGGUCAGGUAAUUAAAGCCUGUAAAACUGAAGCUGAUGGCAGAGUGGUGGAAGGCAACCACGUAGUGUACAGAAUAUCUGCUCCCACCCCAGAAGAAAAGGAAGAGUGGAUUAAAUCUAUCAAAGCAAGUAUCAGCAGGGAUCCCUUCUAUGAUAUGCUGGCAACAAGGAAACGAAGGAUUGCAAACAAGAAAUAGAACACAAUCAGUGACUUGGAGAGCUGCAGCAACCUGUAAAUGAGCGUACAGUGGAGUCAUCAUGUAAACAUUGGACAAACUAAAUGAAGACAAUUACUGUAAAUUUUAUAUAUAUAUAUACACUUUAUUAUGGCGUAAAAACUUGGUAAGACCUUUCAGGGUAAAUAGUUACUGGCAUAUAAUUUGAAGGAAGCUUCAAAUCCCCAGAGAAUUCAACUGAAAACAUGGAAGCCUUGUUUUCCUUUGUAUUAGUUACAACUCCAGCUGACUUGGGUCGGGAGGGAAGGAGUUCAGGGCUGACAGUUGAUGUGCACUGAAAGCACAGGCAGGUCCCAGCAGCCAAAUUUGAGCCUGUCGACGUGACACGAAGCGCAGACGUGCUCUGAGAUUUGCCAGUCGGCUAAAACUCAUUCCUGCCUGCUCACACCCACAGUAAGCACUAAGGUUUAAUGACUGGUUUAAUCUGCUUUUUAUACAGUAACAUCCUUCUUAUGUUUUAGAUAUGUUGUGGCUUAAUUAACACUAAGUUAGUAUUAAAGGAAUGACAGGGUUUGAGUGAGCUUAGGCUUUGCAUGUGAAAACACCCCCAAAAUAAUUUCACAUGCAUUUCAUGUUUUUCAAGGGGAGAAACCAGGAAGGUGAAAUCUUUCUGUAGGAUGCAGCCCUGGAGAGUUAAGCAAGCAGGACUCAUUCCUUUGCUUGAUAACAAACUUUGGACAUACAGAGAAGUUCAGUACUUUUAUUGCAUUUUUGAGGCAGUUUUUCAGAUCUGUGCUUCGGCAGUUGAUGUUUUAAAAAAAUGAAGACACAUCCUUAUUUUUACUUAAUAAUUGGAUGGCAUAGUGCAGGUAGACUCCCCCACAAGCACAUGUCCCUCUGUUGUUUUUGUAAUUUGUGGAAGAUCCUUGUGGUCCUACUGAUGGGUCUUUCAGGGACACGUCAGCUGCUACAGCAGAUUGUACUCCAGUAUUUUCUGUUGAGAGCACACACACUGUUCUUAAGGGUAAAGCUCCUGAUUGCACAACAGAGGCAAAGAGGGGCUUUUUUGACCCUACUGCUUCUGUUUAUACCCCGUUUUUCCCAAACUUGUUGAACCUGAGCCGUGCCUACUGUGCCAGUGACCGCUCUGGAGACCCGAAAUGCCGAAGCAGUUUUGCCUGUUAGAGUUCCAGGAGCAUCUCUGGGUCUGCUGUAGGGAAAUGUGCUGCACAUUUUGUGUGGCAAACCCCCCGACUCUCUGAGUGGAUCUGUUUCAGAUCUCCUUUGAACUGCGAGGGAGAGUUGUUUCAUUGUUCUGUCUUACUGAUUUGCCUUGUUUUGCAUGGGGUGUCAGCCUGUGAGUGUUUUGCUUUUACUGCAUGUUUGCAAAAGAGGCCGAGAGGAAAAGAACAAAGUGAACUUUCCUCCACCUUCGAGUUUCCCCGGAGUGGGUGGAAUUGCUUGGGUGAAUGUUCAAAUCCCAGUGCUUCCAAGGGAGUAAAACUCAACCAAAGGAGGUAGAAUCCUUGAAUAAGUGUCAGUGUGGGGAUAUAUUUGCUUAAUGGAACACAUUUUAAACUCUUCACAGGAAUUGUGUGUCUCGUGUUUGCGAAGCAGCGCAACGAGAGAGCUGCUGCCAACACUUGUUUUGAGUCUUCCACUCUGCAAUGACACGAUUUGUUUUCAAGCACUGCUUCCAUCAGCCUUAGCUUCGGACAAGUAGAUUUGUAAUGCAAAUAGUGACAAGCCAAUCAGUGGUACUUGGUGAGCAUAAAGGUGAGAGGCAGCAAACAAAGUAUUUCUGGAGAAACGUGAGAUUCUAAAAGCAUGAACAAGCCAUGAAGCACUUUUGUAUCAAUUCUUAUCUUCUGAAAUGUCACCUUUGAGGAAAUCUGUGUCUUUAACCAGGUGAGGAUGUCUGCCUGUGAGCAUGAAGGAAAUGCCUUGAGAGUUCAUUUGCUGUAUUUAGUUUGAAGUUCUUAUAUCCUGCAGAAGUAAUUAUUUAGAGUAACAUGUAACUGAGGGUAUUGUAGCAGGAAAUACAUUAUUUCUUAGCGUUGAAAUGCAACAUCUUAAACAGCUACUUGUGGUGCUCAAUGUAUCUAUUUAAUUUACCAAAGCUAACGGAACAGCCUUCUCAUGUGUGUUCAUAUUUGAUUUCAAAAGUUCCUUGUAACAGUAUUAACAGGGAGUGAAACUGGCCCAAAAUUUCCACUGGCCACGAGGCCAGUAAAACAAAGUGGCUUGUGAAAAUUUUGGCCAUAUCAGGUACUAUCCCCGAGGGUGAAGAAAAAUCUCUCAACCUUUCCCUUUUUUUUUUUUUUUUAAUUGGGCUUCAAGUCCAGGGUGGCUGCUGAGAGUGGCUGCUCAUGCCCUAAAGCAGGAUCUGUUACAGUUUGGCCACGCUGAGGAAAAGUCCUUUGGGGACAACAGAUUCUCCCUUGCUGUUGCACUGAAACUUGGAUAAUUUUCCAGCUUUUUUGGUUCUGCUGUUGCAGGGGCAGCAAGAGCCAGGGCUGCUCCUGCCACGUGCUCAGCGUGUGAUCCGCUGGGCACUGCCAGUGCAACUGGGAGAGAACUCUACAUAAAACUUAAGCUCAGCUGGACUGACUUAAAUUUUACAAUAUUCUGACAAAAUAAGCUCAGCAUCACUGAAACAUUUUGAACCGUUUUCAACUGGUACAAAACUGAACCUUUGUAAACUGAGCAGCAUUUAUAAUGCUUCAUAUAUAAAAAAACAAUGCAUAUUUUUAAGAUUUAUUACAUAUCUAUGUAGAUAUGCUUGCUGGAAAAGCUAGGUCUGUUGUAGACCAAAUGCUACAAAUUAAGACUUGUGGCUUACCAGUUUCAUUUCUAUAUUUUCUUGGAAAAUGUUUCUAGCUAGAGUUUAAAUAUAAAAUGUAAAUACUGUACAGAUAUGUAUUGAUAUAAGUAUUACUUGGUGUACACAAGUGAUUUGCAUGACAAAUACUCUGUAUCACUGUUAAAAAUGUGAUGUUCUUAUGUAAAGCCACUGCAAUAUUAAUGUUUUCAUUUAUCAUUAAGACCUGUUGCUUAAAUCUGUCAGUUUUCUCAAAAAUAAAGUGUGAAACUGUA